AUGGAACCCAAUGAAAUACCUGCUGUGCCCUGCUGCUCGUCUGACUCCACCACUGUGAGUGAGAUCGGAGCCCCAUGGGGGAUUGAGCUUGUCCCCAGAAGAGCUGUAGGUCACCAUGCCCACUGCAACAAACACCACAUCACUGCCCAAUUCAGGAGCCACAAAUGCUUCUGCCUCUUCCAGGCCUGCGAGUGUUACAAGUGUACCCUCCGCUUGGAUCGACGAAAACUCUUGCCUGCUGCAAGUGCCUUGAAGAGGGAGCAGGGGCCACAGCUAAAGAGGCAAAUGGCUCAGGAACUGAUAAUGAGUGGGACCACCCCUCCCAAAGUUCACAGCCAUGUCAAGAAGUUGGCUAUUCAAGCAGGAGUCCUCAGAGAGUUCCCAUGGGGCUCUGGUGUUCAACCAGCCUCCAGAACCUUUGUCUCUCCCCUGGACUCUACCACCCUUGGAGCAGCAACUCACAGUUUCUCUUUCCAGGGAGCCCCAUGGGCCCCCUGACCCACCCAGCACGCCCUGGAAGCCUCUGAUCAGGCCUUGAUGUCUGCCCCCUUAGAGUGGCAGCGGAAACUGGAGGCAGCAGAGGCCCUGCUAACUCUGAGAAACUCUUCCCGGGCCCCUUCUGGCUCUAUCUCCCUGCCUCAGUCCUGUGGCGCACCAGCUCCUGCUGAAAAUAGCGGACUACAGCCUCCCAGCCACUCUUUUUGACCCAGGCCAGCCAGCUCCUUUUCUCUGCCUGUUGGGCAUCUGGGGUGCAUCUCCUUCCUGAACUAAAAGCUUAGAGGAGGAGGCUUCACUAGAGCACUGUCUAUUUGGUAUUUUAUUUAUGAAUUUGUAAAAUGUUUAAUGUCUGUUUUUUAAGCCCUCAGGUGCUUUUAUAAGCUUUCAAACCCUUUUAUCAUAUGGGGUAAUUCUUUGGCUGAGAAUGGAUAUUCUUGUACCUCCACCCUUUACUCUUUUAGUUCUUGGGGACUUUUUAUACCUCUUGUAAAAUAAGGUUGUGCAAUCUAAG